UCCGCCAUAUUGAAUAAGGAAAUAAGAGUGGAAGAGGAGGAACGUCCCGGAUGCAUGUAAACAUCCACGUCAACAGAAAGUGUAUUAAUGAAACAGUUAUAAGGACACGAAAGAGCGCAAAUACAGACGUUAUCGGUUCUGGCGGAUGUAUAUUUAAAAGACUGUUAAACACGGUGGUGUUUCUAGGCUUGUACAAACAAUGACUUCCCUAACGCAGAGAAACUCAGGCCUCGUGCAGAGACGGACCGAGGCCUCGCGUAGCGCCGCCGCCGCGGAUAAGGAGAAAAGCCCCGGCGAGGAUGAGUACGAGUCCCGCCGCGGAGAAGAGGAAGAAGAGGACAAGGGAGACUCCAAAGAAACGCGGCUGACUUUGAUGGAAGAGGUGCUGCUGCUCGGACUGAAGGAUCGAGAGGGUUACACAUCAUUUUGGAAUGAUUGCAUAUCGUCUGGACUGAGAGGGUGUAUGCUUAUUGAACUGGCUUUAAGAGGACGCCUGCAACUGGAGGCAUCUGGAAUGAGGAGGAAAAGCCUGCUAACCAGAAAGGUGAUAUGUAAAUCGGAUGCCCCCACUGGAGACAUGUUGCUGGAUGAGGCAUUGAAACAUGUUAAAGAGACUCAGCCUCCAGAGACAGUCCAGAGCUGGGUUGAGUUGUUAAGCGGUGAAACCUGGAAUCCGUUGAAGCUGCACUACCAGUUGCGAAACGUGCGAGAACGCUUGGCCAAGAACUUGGUGGAGAAGGGUGUCCUCACCACAGAGAAGCAAAACUUCCUGCUUUUUGACAUGACCACCCACCCGCUCACCAACAACACCGUCAAGCAGCGACUGGUGCGCAAAGUCCAGGAGGCCGUCCUGGAGAAAUGGGUCAACGAUCCCCAACGGAUGGAUAAGCGUAUCCUGGCGCUGCUGUUCCUGGCACAUUCCUCUGAUGUUCUAGAGAACGCCUUCGCCCCUCUGCUGGACGACCAGUACGAUCUAGCCAUGAAGAGGGUGCGGAUGCUUCUGGAUCUCGAGCCUGAGGCCGAAGCCGCCAAGUCGGGCGCCAACGAGCUGCUGUGGGCGGUGGUGGCCGCUUUCACCAAAUGAACCUCCAGAGUAGAGAGAAAGGGACUCGACUUUGUGCUCAUGGCAUUGGACUCAGACCGCUGGCCCCAAGCUUGGUUGAUUCGGACUAAUAUUGGUGAUGGUGAUGAUGGAAAUGCAAAUUACGAAGGAGAUGAUGCUGAUGAUGACGAGACUUGGAAAGGGAUGGCUUUUUCUCAUUGUCACAGAUCUGUCUCUGACCUUCACAAAGGUGUUGCCCUGUCUACUUCUAAUGGCCAAUAGUUGCUACAUGAUUGCAAUUCACUGUGAGGCUUCUUGUAGUUCAUGCACUUAGAUCAUAAAGUUCACGUAAGAACCAAGAUGAGCGUGUCGAAGGAGGUGGUUUGUAAAGAGUCUGUACUUGACUAGGCCGUGACUGUAAUCUUAACCCAGAUCCUGGUAUAAUUCUACAGUAAUCCCAAACUCCAUGUAUCUUCGAGUAAGGAGCCACUUCUUCCGAACACACAGGCUUGAUGAUUCUUGUCGUGGUUACAUGAACAGCUCCUGCUUUUGCAUAUUCAGCAGGAAAUGUUCCAUUAACCCUUGCUACCUGGUGUUGAGAUGAAAGAAAAUAAACCAUUUCACAUUUCAAAAGACUGAAACGCAAGCAUCAGUUCUUCUCUGGUGCUUUAAAGAUACAUGACCCUGCUUCCUUGCAAGUCUUCUUUCCAGAAAUCUGAAUGCUCAAAGAAUAAAAUGUUCUAAUGUGUGCUAAUAUUUUCAUUGUUUUGCCUGGCGACUCACAUCGGCCUGACUCUUAACAUCAUAGCGAUUGUUGUAUUACUUGCAGCGUUUUUGUUGUUUGUUAGGCUGAUCUCAGUUGAAUCCAACAUUCACACUUAAUUCUGACAGCGAAUGGUUUGGGUAUUGUACUGUAACAGACCACAAACAGGUCAAGGAAGCAUUGAGUACACAAAUACACCUUAAAGAAAACAUCUAGGUUGCCUCAUAACUUUCAUUCAUUUCAUGCGAAUGGCCAGUCAAACACUAGCGGAGCCCCGACUUUAAGAAAGGCUUUCAUUCCCGAGGCCUUUUCAUAGUGAUCACUGCAUUGAUGUAGUUGUCUUGUCACAUAUAUAUGGUUUUGUUCAUGUCAUAAUCUCUCCUCUCGCUAUAUUUCCAAUUUUUAUACUAUGUUUUUAAUCAUUUUUAUUUCGUUCCUUCCUUUAGUUGUUAGCGCAAUAUUUCAGAGUUGUUUGUCAUGUUUUUGGUUGUCUCCUGUCUUGAAAGCGGACGGGGAAAGCACGGGGUAGGGAUGUCCCCUUCCAGUGUACGCAAGCAGGUGUUUGACAUGAUUUACUGUUAGCAAACAAUACUUAAUGAGCUGUAAAAGUAGAGAUGGUGUGAAAUGGAUUCCCUGAUUUGUACAUCUGCUUUUUAUCAUAUAAUAAAGGAAUAUCUUUAAGUGCCUGGAUGGGAUAUGAA